AUGAAGCGCGGAUUUCUGAAAACUGCAAAGGCGAAGAAGACAGAGGGUAUCGCUCUCCCGCCAGUCGCAUCAACUCCACCUGGAGGUGUGCCACCCAAGGGAGAUGGUUCUUUCGUUGAACGACCUAGUAUCAAGUUACCUUAUGGGAAGGUUGAGACAGGUAAUGUAGCCUCUGUCAUUGACUUUGUGCAACCUAACAUUGUAAAAGCGCGGCCGACUGAGGGCGUUGUUUCUAGGAAGAUUAUCGGUCGCGAAAUCUCCGGAGACACCGUAGAUUACAGCGACUACGUGAUCGUAUACACUACUCUCCCACCCGUGAAUUUGGGCGAUACACUGGAUGAUGAACCCGACAAUUGGACGGAGUGUAUCUUGGCUGGGCAUAUCAAGCGGCAAAUCCUCAGCACCCCGGGAUUUCCGCGCCCCGUAGAGAAAACUGCAGGUGGAAAGGUAUACCAUCGCGUGAAGCCUUCGCCGUUUGGUGGACUUGGGAUGUUCGCCGCACGUCCCGUCCGCACGGGAGACCUCAUCGUCGCCGAGAGGCCUCUCCUGAUCGCUCAGCGCGGUUUUGAAAUGAGGGACGAGUCUGGCUCAAAGGGUCUUACCCAGGCGGAGAUGAUCCAGGUUUAUAUGCAACAGUGGGAGGAGCAGCUUGGCAUCGCAUUGAACAGGAUGACCGAUGAAAACCGGAAGGCAUUCAUGGCGUUGGCGAACAGUCAUACUGAGGACGGGAGUGGGCCCAUUCUGGGGAUCGUUCGCACCAAUGGAUACGAAGUACCAGGCUUGAAUGAUGGUCACGAGGACGACAGCACCAGGGCUUAUACUGCUGUUCUGAAUGUGAUGUCGAGGGUCAAUCACAGCUGCUCGCCUAAUACUACGCAUCAUUUUGACAUGGCUUCCCUUUCCUUUCAGCUCCGAGCUAUUCGCGAUAUUAAACAAGGAGAAGAGCUGUUCUACGCGUACUGCGACAUCCUCCGAACCAAGAGCGAGCGUGCUGAAGAGCUAGCACCCUACGGCGUUGUCUGCGUAUGUCCCGGGUGUGUCGGAGCAACCAAGGAAACGGAUUUGUUGCGCUCGGAGCUCGCAAAACGCAUCGCGAAAUUACGAGCUGACCAUCACGUUUGGAUGAAGGAUCAUUCACGCCCGAACGUACUCGUAGCCUCCCUCAAGCUGAUAGCAGAGAUUGAAAAAGAAGGCUUGACCGAUGCUCCGUCGUUCAUCGUCCUAUUGAGGAUGGUUGUGGAGGUCUACUCGGCGUCCGGAAGCGGGAAUAGCGCGAUGAAGUACUUAGAUCAGCUCAACAACCAUUUCAGGGCGUCAGGGAGGCGCUAA